GAGAGGAGCCCUCAGAGCAAAGGAGAGCAGAGGAAGUGACUUCCUAGUGAGGACGGUGGCUUUGUUGGGCCCAAGCCUGUAAAGCAUGUGGCCAGAGCCAGACUGGGUUUUUCUCAAUUUAGCCCUAACAGCUUAUCAACACACAAAAGAUCAGCCACAGCAAUGUAGGAAAUUGUGGCUGUACUAAUUAUAAGAGAGUUCUGCACACCAAUGACUUGCCUGUUCUUUCCACCACCCAGCAUACCCGGCCUCCUGUUAUCUACAAAAGACAGUGUAAACCACACUGAGGGGGGCCAGCUGAGGGCUGCAAAUCUUAGCCGGGGGAUUGAGAAACCUUGGCUGAGAGCUCUACUUUGUAGAAAUGCUUUGGAAAAGUUUCACUCCUCUCAUCUUUUUCACCAUGCUUCAGAACCAAGGAACAUCAGGUUCUAAAAUGGAGAAAAUUGACUUAGCUGUCAUCACUGGAAAUGAUAUCAAGUUACAACCAGUUUGGUCUCAGCAGUAUUCAGAGAGCACAGAUUUCAUUUGGUUUUUCCGACCGACUUCUACUCAGAACACACAUAAAAUAGUGAGUUGGAAAAAUGGCUCAAAAGUGACAUUUGACGUUGACAUAUUUCAAAACAGACUUAAUGCUAUAGCUGAGAACUUGACUCUCUUCAUUAACUCAGUUCAGAAGCAAGACAGUGGCCUCUACUAUAUGGAAAUCACAAAUCUAAAGGGAGAAGUUUAUACUACUGCUCAGUUCCAGGUUUCUGUGUAUGAUCCAGUCCAGGAACCAGAGCUUCAGGUGACUUGGGAACCAUGGAAUAGCACCUUGUGCCAUGUGAACCUGUCCUGCCUUGUUAAAGGGAACAGUAAUUUGACCUACAUCUGGUACAGGGGAAGAAAACAAAUGAAUACCGUAGGAAAAUAUUCUCAUAUACAGCUCCUGAUCCAAGCCAAGAACACGGAGAAUUCCUUUACUUGCCAUGCCAGCAAUCCAGUUAGCUCAGGGAGUCAUACCAUCAACCUUACUUGGGCAUGUCCCAGUUCAGUUUACAGUUCAACCUCAGAAUUGCAGUUGCUGCUGAUUUUGGGUUUCUCUUUGAUUCCCCUGACUGUGUUACUCCUCAGCAUACUUAUUUACCUGUAUGUGAAAAGGAAGAAGCAGCAGCAGCAGCCAGUAACAGAUAUGAACAUGACGGUUUAUGAGAAAGUUGAUUAUGGUAAGCCCCGGAGAAAUCAGGUACAGAAUUUUUGUGGAAAAGAUGAGCAUAAAACCUUGUAUGCAACAGUCCAAUUGCCCAAACAGCUUCCUGCUUCCAGACCUGCUGAUCAAAGUAAGACAUUAUAUUCCACAGUACAAGAACCGAAGCAGAAACCUUCCUCAGAGCAGAUGACUGCCAACUCAGCCACUGUCUACCAAGAGGUCCAGAGUCCCAAAAGACUAUCUCGUAAGGAGCUGAAGACAUUCCAGAUCUAUUUCUAGCAAUGGCAGCUGCUGUCUGAAACAAAUAUGCUAGUGAAUCAUUUUGAGGGCUAGGAGAUUUAGUAAUAAGAACAGCUCAUAUUUUUAUAGAUCUUUCAGAUUUACACAACUCCUCACAAGAUCCACACAAGGAAAGUGGUGCAAGGAUUGUUCAAAUAUUCCAAUUUCGGAGCUCAAUGAUGUGAACAUUCUCUCCAGUAACAUGGCUCCCUCUACGUUUUUGCCUGCCUAUCUUGUGUGGCACUUGUCCAUGUUGACCCAUUAGUUAAUAACAGGGGGUCCAACCACUUGCUAGAAGACUGCCUAGAUUCCUUCUUACAACAGAACAAUGUAAAUGGAGCCCUCAAGAGAUAAUCCCUCAUUCUUGUCAAAUGACUAGCUCAUGUUUCUUUUCAAUCACAAACUUCUCUGUUGACAUCUUUUGCUCUAAUUCUUUUUAUCAAGUUUCUUAUUCUGUGCUACAGCUUGGUCUUACCCACUAUGCCUUUCUCUAUUGCCCUCUGGUCAGUAUUUAUUUUUUUAAUUUGUCAAGGUUCAUCAUAUUAUGUGACUUUCAGCCACACAACAACACUGGCGUGUGAAGGAAAUAAUUGAUUGGAUGGAGUCACAAGGACAGAAUGGCAGUCAAAAAAAGGCGGCAAUAGAAAAAUCAUGAGACAAGAACCUGGGCACAUGUCCCCUGGCAUGCCCCCUUGGGUGGUACAGGCAAAAUAGAAAGCUACAGUUGACUCCCAAGAUGUGAUGUAUGAGAGUCAGUUAGUGGAGAAAAAAUUUGAUUAACUGCAGCAAGAGUGGAUUUUGCUCUCUUUUCUUUUGUGUUUUGUGGCUGGCUAGAAUUCCCUUUGAGCAUUGCUAGGGGGCCUUAAUGGUGGCCACAGAAUUGCAAUUUAAAUGCAGCAACAAGGAAAGUAACUUAUAUAUCUCUUUCCUAUUUUUCCGUUAUUUCCCUACUACCUUUGAUUUAAUAAAAUUAUUAAUUUA